UUGGAUCCACCAAGUUAACCAAACACAUGAGUGAUUUUCAAAGUCAUGACAUGACGGUGGUGGACUUGUGACCGUGGCGAUUGGUUUCUUCAACCGGAACGGAAGCUCCUCUUGAUUUUAUCUUUCUCUUUUCUGCGUCAGGAGAGAAGAAAGGAUGGGGAAGUGCUUUUGCGACUACCGCUUCCUUUUUCUCCUCGUUGUUUUGCCGUUCAUUUACAUCCAGAUCCGCCUCUUUGCUACUCAAUCACAGUAUGCUGACCGGCUUACUGAUGCUAUAGAGGCAGAAACUCACUGCAUAAGACAGACACGAUUGUUAAUUGAUCAGAUUAGCAUGCAACAAGGACGGAUUCUUUCUCUUGAAGAAGAAAGGAAACGUCAAGAUCAGGAAUGCGCACAGUUGAGAGCACUCGUUCAAGAUCUUGAAAGGAAGGGUGUUGAGAAAUUGGUUGGUGAUGUACAGGUUCCAGUAGCAGCGGUGGUGGUUAUGGCUUGUAACCGUGCUGAUUAUCUCGAUAGGACUGUUAAAUCUAUUCUUAAGUAUCAAACUCCUAUUGCAUCAAGAUAUCCUCUCUUCAUAUCACAGGAUGGAUCAGAUCCUCAUGUUAAAAGUAAGGGAUUGAGUUAUGAUCAGCUGACCUACAUGCAGCAUUUGGAUUAUGAACCUGUCCAUACAGAAAGACCUGGGGAGUUGAUUGCAUACUAUAAGAUUGCACGACAUUAUAAAUGGGCACUGGAUCAAUUGUUUUACAAACAUAAAUUUAGCCGAGUGAUCAUCCUUGAAGAUGACAUGGAAAUUGCCCCUGAUUUCUUUGACUAUUUUGAGGCUGGAGCUGCACUCCUUGACCGUGACAAAUCUAUUAUGGCAAUUUCCUCAUGGAAUGACAAUGGACAAAGGCAGUUCGUAGAUGAUCCUUAUAUGCUUUACCGGUCAGAUUUUUUCCCUGGUCUUGGAUGGAUGCUUUCUAGAUCAACAUGGGAUGAAUUAUCGCCUAAAUGGCCAAAGGCUUAUUGGGAUGACUGGCUGAGACUGAAAGAGAAUCACAGAGGACGACAGUUUAUUCGUCCGGAAGUGUGCAGAACCUAUAAUUUUGGGGAGCACGGUUCCAGUAUGGGGCAAUUCUUCAAACAAUAUCUUGAACCUAUCAAGCUGAACGAUGUACAGGUUGAUUGGAAGUCAAUGGACCUGAGCUACCUGGAGCAGGACAAGUAUGUGAAGCAUAUUGCGGGAUUGCUUAGAAAGGCAACUCCGGUUGAUGGAAGUAAUGCUAUUUUGAAGACAAAUAACAUAGGUGGUGAUAUUCGUAUUUUGUACCGGGACCAGUCAGAUUUUGAAAGCGUUGCAAGGCAAUUCGGUAUUUUUGAAGAAUGGAAGGAUGGUAUCCCAAGAACAGCAUAUAAAGGGGUUGUUGUAUUCCGGUAUCAAACACAAAAGCGAGUGUUCCUUGUUAGCCCAGAUUCUGUCCAACAACUUGGAAUCUGAUAGAUGAGUAGUAACUUGAUGCACUGAUCUCAUACAGGUGGUCAUGUAGUAGAUUCUUACUGGUUAAGUGAAUAUUAACAAGUAUAAAUUUUAAUUAUUCGUUGCAAUUAGUGUAUCUCGAACUUAUGACAUUCCACUUAAUUUCUCAUCAAGAGCAUGGCUCUAAAACUAAAGCCCUUUUAGAUGCUUAUUAUAUUUAAGUAUAUGGAUCACAAAAUAACUGACAUAUUUUCAAUAGAAUUCAUCUUGUUGU